UACCUGCAGUCAGUCAUCGCUUUGGAAAUAUUAGUUGUCUAUGGAGUAUCACAAAGUUGUGCAAUAUUUCUUCAUAAGAGCACAGUCAUUCUAAACAAUUACGAGUCACGUCUACGCAUGCUAUAACUGCGCUCAGUCGUGCAGUACGGACUGAACACGUGCUAUCAUCGUGGAUUAUCAGUAGAGAAUACGUUGGAGGAGACGUGUUGGUUGCAUUGAGCUCCAGUUCUGUUUCGCCGCCGUAAAAUGUGUGUCAAAGGUGUAGUUUGAUUAUUAUACGUUUAUUUUAAAGUGAAAUGGCAUUUGGAAUGUCUGAACAUAGUUUUCACGAAUCGACAGUAAGUAAUGUAACAGUUCAUGUGAGACAGACAACGGACUACAAAUAAUAGGAACAAAGCAACUUGCAGCAUGGAGGAGGAUAUUGGAGCAACAGUUGAGGUGUAUGUGUAUGAUCUCACAAAGGGCAUGGCCCGCAUGAUGUCACAGAUGCUACUUGGUCGGCAAUUGGAUGGAAUUUGGCACACCUCAAUCGUUGCUUAUGGCAGGGAGUAUUUUUUUGGAUCAGGAGGAGUACAGAGUUGCCGACCGGGUGGCACUAUUUUGGGUGAGGCUACCAAAGUGAUUAAUCUUGGAGAAACAUUCAUCCCAUAUCAAGUAUUCUUGGAGUAUGUGUUGGGACUAGGAGAAACUACUUUUAGCCCAAGGUCAUAUGACCUGUUCAAACAUAACUGCAACAAUUUCACAAAUGAAGUGAGUCAGUUUCUCUGUGGGAAAGGGAUUCCCAAGUACAUUCUUGAUGUUCCAGAGGAGAUCCUUGACACACCUAUUGGACAGACAUUAAGGCCGCUAAUAGACAGUCUAAGCGAAGGUGCAAGAGGUGUAACAUUUGGCCAGAAUGCCAAUCACAGUUUGAGAGAUUAUGAACCUCACUGGCCACUUAGAGAGCGAGCAGAAUCUCCAGACUUUGUUGAACUCAACACAGCCAUUGAUGAAGUCAGAAAGAAUUCUGUAGCACUUGAAGAGCGUCGCAACAUAAUCAACGAGAAAAUUGCCAAGAAGGAACGCAAGAAAAAGAAGAAGAGAGAGAAAAUUGAAAAGGAUCGUGAGAGUGGAGGAAGCAGUUCAGCAGAACUCACUCCUGACAGCUGUAGUUCAGCAGCAGAACUAACAUCUGACAGUUGCUGCAGCAGUUCAAAGAAUUCAUCAAUAUAUCCAAACAAUAUGGCUGAUGGUGAGGCAGCCAAUAUUAUAGAACUUACAACUAAUGGCUCUGAAGAGUCCAGCAAGAAGUCACCAGCAGAAGUUGCAGCUGAAAUAGAAGAACAAGAUGCCCGUGAAAAGAAGGAAAGGGAAGAGAGAAAAAAGAAUAGAGAACCUCCAAUAGUGUAUAAAGAUGCAGUGGAUGUUCAGGCAGACUUUGAUGCUCUGGUUGGUUUUGUGGAUGGGAUACUGGGUCCUGAAGAACAGCAGUCUUUGGAAGAGCUCCACCAGUAUAUGCUGGAGGAUGAGGGCUCAUGGGCGCUUGGUGAUGGCUUCCUUAACUUUGUUGGACGAUUGCUACAUGACAAAUCCCUGAGGCCAGAAAUCAGGGUGCACAUUUUGAAUGUGUUGGCUGCAGCUGCUCUCAAGGAUGAUGUGAUAUUGUUAUUACACCAGGACAGGAGAGAACAUGUGCUUAUGAACUAUGCACAUGAUGUGGACAGAUUAUCCGUUGAAGAACAGGAAGCACUAGCAUUAUUUAUAUGUAAUAUGUUCGAAAACUUGAGCAGCUCAGAGUGGCUACUGUAUAUAUCAGAAUGGCAGUACUGCAACACUACCAUCAGUAACAUUCGGUGCACGACUAAGGUGGCUGUCAAUUCCCUUCUUUCUGAUAAUACAGUUCUUCAAGAGCGAGGAUCUGCAAUUAUACAUAAUCUUGCCUGCAAGGAGGUAAAAACUGUGGUAUUUGAUGAUGUAGCCGUGGAGUUGACAAUGGCUCUCCUUCAGUAUUUCAACAGCAACCCACCAGAAGAGCAUCUUUUCCGAUGCAUGAAGGCUCUGAAUCGUUUCUGUCAGAUAUCACAGCAAGAUGUCCCACAACUUAUACAGAUGAUUGGCCCAGAACCUGCUAAGUUCCGAGGAACUUCUGCUCGAGUUGAUGAUCUAAUUGCUCAGAUCACCAAACGACUACGUUAGCUCUAAUACUGUGCCUGACUUCAAGUCUUCCAAAAAACAAAGGGCUCUUUAAUCUGUUGUCCCUCAUAAAACAACUUCCAAGUUUUGCUUCAGAGAGAGCAAUUUAUUUUAAGGGCAUGUAAAUUUCUGAAGUUGUAGUGAGACAAGACAUGCUCUUCCAAGGAAAAGUGGCAUGUAACUCAUGCAAAAUUUAAUUUAAAAUAAAUCAUAAAUUAUUACUUUCCACAGAAUCUGUAUAAUUGACACAAUAUAACUACUCACCCAUUGAUCUGACCACCCUUUUCCCUGUGAUUUUUUUUGUUGAUGUUGUAUAUAGUCCUAACACAAGAAUAUUACAUUUUUUAUGCUAUUUGUAAGCCUGUUCUACUUUGUGCAAUACAUGAAUCUGAUAAUAAUCACUUUUUUGAGUUUUGUGUUUCCACCCCACUCUCUUGGUGAUAUGCCAAGCAAGAGUUAAUUCAACAAAAGUAAUGUUGCAUGUUGUAGGCCAUGCCCCAUGAUUUCAAACCCUACUUUGUAAGUUUAUCAGGUAUACAGUGUUUUGAAAUAAAUCUGUCCUUGAAGCCAGUCAUCACUUCAUCAACUGCUAGGUCCCCACCUGGUUUAUAAAACUAUCCAGAUGUAUUAAUUAUGUCAGGAGUCGGCUGUGCCUUGUAGAGAUAGUUAUAAUCUUCAUCCCCUGAUCUUCAUCUAUCAUCAUUACUGAGAUGUAGGUAUUGUCCAAUUUUAACAAACUAUUGGAGGGUCAUUGCAUGCCUAACAAUAGGACAAACAAGGAAAUCAUAUAGAAAAUUUGUUGGGCAUGAUAUAGCUAUAUAUAUGUUAAACUUUAUAAUUUACUGUAAAGGUAUACAAGAAAUUAAAAGAUCAGAACAUUAAUUAGAUUAAAGUAUAUCCCAAACAUCUUGGAUUGUUCACUGCUAUUAAAGGGUCACUUAGGUGAAGGUGUAGGAAGAAUCUGGAAAAUAUUUUAUCUCACAGCUGAUCACAUUUUACUUUUCUCAUGUCUUAUGAAUUUUAUUCUGGUUAAUGCUUUUAUUCCCCCUCCACAUUUGUUCUAACACUAGUUGUGCAUUCUAUAUUAAUUUUUAAUUAUAAACAAAAAACAAAAAAAAAACAGUUAUUACUGGUACCUUAUAUACAGGUAUCCAAGAAAGAUGUAAAAAAAUAUAAAUUCCUGUAUGGAAAAAUAAUUACUAUAUGUAAGAAGUCAUCUCACAGUUUAGUAGAACAGAACUGAAAUUGCUUUUUGUCACCUAGUAAGCUUCAACAUGAGCACCAUUAAUUGUUCAAUACAUGCCAAAGUAGUAUUCAGUCUCACCAUGUGUUCAUAAGCAUAACUUCAGCCACUGUUGCAGUCACCACUCAUGUCAUGUUGCAGAUUUUAAAGAUCUGCAAUUUUUUCCUGGUAGAUAAUAUUCUUCACAUAACCCCAGAGGAAAAAGUCCAGUGAAAUUAGAUCCAGUGAUCUUGGAGGUGAUGCUAGCAAACCACUUCUUCUGAUCCAUUUGUAUUGAAAACAGUAAUUUAAAAAGUGAUGGACAAUAUUUCCAAAAUGUGAGGAUGCCCCACCCUGUUACUAUGUAGUGUAGCUUGUCACAGUUGCUUCCUGAAUGAAGGAAGGUCAAAUGAUGCAGUAUUUUAUCCUGCCACACCACAUUUUAACCUUUGGCAUAUCUGUCUGAUGAUCGGUAAUUCCUUGAAGUGGCUGGCUACCUCAGAUUCUGCAGUUAUGUGUGGUCACAAUACCAUUCAAAUGGAAUAUUGCCUCAGUAGAAAACACAUCAAGUUCAUGAAAACCUCAUCACUGUUAAUUUUGUGCAGCAUUCCCACACAGUGUUACUUUCUAAGAGUCAUGAUUGUCUAGUUUUAUGUGCUGCUGCAACUGCAAAUUGUACACAUGUAAAUGUAAAUGUUUGUGUGCAAUGUCAUGAACUGUGGGGUGGGGAAGAUGCAGUUGCCUGCUUUCUGUGAGGAUUGACAUGUAUGAGGUACGUAGAAAUGCUUGUCUGAUGUACACCUUGUUGUCAUUGAAUGUUCUGGUAAUUUCUGAUUUACAACGCUUCCAGUUUCUCUCAGAUGUCUGUCCCACUUCUUAGCAGAGUUGUAACUUGGUGCUCAACCUCCAUGCAAUAACCGAAAUUUACUCUGACUGAACCAUCACCAUGACCACAAGUGAUUGAUAGGGAUGGCACAUGCAUGACCACUAACACCAAUGUAAACAAAACUUGGAACUUUAAGCUGCAGAAUGGUGAGAUUGUUUCCUUUGUAUAAUAAAUGUUUUUCAAUAUACACAAUUUCCUUGUUUCUCACACCUCUCUCAGACACUCUGUAGUUGUGGCUAACAUUGAAAGAAAUAUGUAUUCUGUGUUUCACAAUAAAGGCUAAAAAUGUAGGUGAUUUUAAAAUGGAAUAUCAGUUACAUAAUACAUGUUAUGUUCAUUGCAAAAGCUCUUCGGAAUGCCUCAAAAUUCAUGUGUAUAUCAUGUUUAUUAUUGUAGAAGUGCAUGAAAAACUAGUUACCUUCUGUAUGAAAAUUUAAAUUUUACUUGUAUCUUUUGUUAUAACUAUUUUCUUUCAUAAAUUCCAGAAAAUUAUUAAGAUCUAGAAUUCUGGAAAUGUUAUUGCACAGAACAAGGUUAAUAUCUACUCACCACAUGUAAAUGCACAAAUGGUAUAAUGUAUUACAUGAGUAAGCUACAUUUUAAUUUUUAAAGUGCAUAAAAAUUAAGCUCUUAUAGUUUAUUACAGAACAAAACUUGGAUGUUUCUUGGAAUUAGAACUAUUUCUUAUAAAUAGUAACCCAUCUGAACCCUUAUCUUUUUAUGGUGACAACAGUAUUUCAAAGAGUGUCUUAAAUUAUUCAUUUGUUACACGGAUACUACAUGUAUGUAGCACAACACUUCAUAAUAAUAAAAGUCAGUCAUAUAUACUAGUUAAUUUGUCAUGCUCUGCUGUAUUGGAACAAUUAAUUAAUAUAAAUCAGUUGUUAUUGCCUUUCCUUUCCAAGACUGAUUUUGGAAUGAAAAAGUUUAGCGAUGAUAGCAAAAGAUUUGGUCAAAGAAUCCAAACAGAUUUGUACAUAUAUUUAUACUGUAUAAGGAUUUAUAAGUUAAUUAUGUUUUGCAUUUGUAUAAUAAUCUAUGUUAACAGGAUAAUCCUUUGUACUUUAUACAUGCAAAUUGUAAUAAUAUGUAGAUUAAACUUCAAACAAUAUGGAAUUAUAUCCUUCUUAAGUCUAACUUUUUUUCACAUUGAGGAAAUGAGAAAGGAUCAAAUUAAAUAUAGCUGAAAGAAAUGCGGUUUAUUUCAGGUUUACAAGUUUAUGUCAGUUGUGUGAUCUAUUUGUAGUUAAUUCUUGGUAUGAAUCCUACUGUGGACAUGAUUGUAUUCCAUGAAGGAGUGGAAGAAGUUCUGUGAAUUAGUGCAUUCAUGAGGUUGUGUAAAAUUUAAAAUAAA